AUGCAGUUCACUCUCUCCGCCGUUGUCCUCGCCCUCGCUGGCUUUUCCGCUGCCCUGCCCGCUGAGUCCAUGAACAAUGGCCUCCAGCACCAGAACGGCACUCCUCGCUUCCCUGUUCCCGACAGCCUGACUAUCGAGCAGGCUCAGGCCAAGUGUGGUGACCAGGCUCAGCUCUCUUGCUGCAACAAGGCCACUUAUGCCGGUGACACCACCGACAUCAACUCCGGUAUCCUUGGUGGUACUCUCUCCAACCUGAUUGGUGCCGGCUCUGGUGCCUCUGGCCUUGGUCUCUUCGACCAGUGCUCCAAGCUCGGCGCUCAGAUCCCUAUCGUCAUCGGUAUCCCCAUCCAGGAUAUCCUCAACCAGCAGUGCAAGCAGAACAUCGCCUGCUGCGCCAACUCUCCCUCCACCGCCAGCGGCAACCUCGUCGGCGCCGCUCUUCCUUGCGUUGCCCUUGGCUCCAUCCUCUAA